CCCCGUCGUAGUCGCACUGUCGCAGGCAAGUAAAAGGGCGUAUGAAAAGAUUUUUUCUCAGAUCUAGGUAUACACUUUCCGCCAUUGCUAUUCUCCUCUCUUUUCGCGUGAGAUAUGGAAGAGAAGAAGCUUGCAGACGAUAGAAUCAGCUAUGAGCAUGUAGAGAACAAUAUAGUCUCUGAUGUUGAUGCGAGGGAUACCGUUGAUGAGAUCUUUGAGGAAGCUAUUGACAGUUCAAAGCCUGAAUCUUUCCAAGGCGAUGGUGGGUUGCGGGAGGAUUUACCUUCAGAGGAAGUGAAAGAUUCCAAGGUUAGUGGAGAGAGCGAUGGUGAGGCAAACCCAGGUUUUGUGACUUUCAGAAUGAAUGGUGAUGAAGGGGAAGGGAGUGCAGAGAAUGUCAGCGAGACAGCUGCACAUUCUAUUUCUGAAAAUGGAGUCGUCUCUUCUGAGAAGAAAGCUGUUCUCCUCCCUUUUGUGUCAGAUAUUGAAGAGAAGAAGCUUGCAGACGAUAGAAUCAGCGAUGACCAAGUAGCGAAUAAUAUAUCACUGGUUUCUGAUGUUGAUGCGAGGUAUACCGAAGAUGAGGUCUUCGUGGAAGCAAUUGACGGUUCACAGCCUGAAUCUUUCCAAGCCGAUGAUGGUUUGCACGAGGAUUUACCUCCAAAGGCAACUCCUGAACAUUCUAUCGAUGAUCUGGAAGAAGUGAGUGGCAAUGAGAAGGAAGUGUCCAAUGUUAGUGGAGUGAUCCAUGGUGAGGCAAACAUGCAAGAUAUUACUACGGGAGAGGCUGUACCAGGUUUUGUGACUUUUAAAAUGAAUAGUGAUGAGGGGGAAGCAGGUGCAGAGAAUGUCAGCGAGGCAGAUACACGUUCUCUUUCUGAAAAUGGAAUUGCCUCUAUUGAGAAGAAACAACUGGUGGCUGAAGUGAUCGAGGAAACAAGGAACGGUGGUAUAGAAGAGAAAAACAAGGAGGCAAAUGUUGAUGUAUCAGCUGGUAUGGAAAAAGAACAAGAGGCUGGGAACCGUGAAGGAGCAGAUAAGGAUUGCUUUGAGAAGGAGUCUGGGGCACAAAUAAAUGGUGAGACUGUUGCCGAUUACAACUCUGUUAAAUGUGCUGCAGGUGAUAGUAUUCAAGUAGCUUCUGCUGGGACCUCACCAUUGGAGAAAUAUAUUUCUGAGGAUAAUGGAGAGACUAAAGGUUACAUCAGUAGAGAACACGAUACAGUUCGAAGCAGUAAUGGAGGACUUGGUGUUGAACAAACUUCUCAACCUAAUAAAGAAUCUGAGAAGCAGCAAGGCAGCAGAGUGAAUAGAAGUCCAGAGAUUGAGGAAAGCCCACAUUUGGAUAGAAAAUCUGAGGUACCAAGUUCUGUUUCACCAACAGAAUCUACAAGCAAUACUGCAGCGUCACUUCCUGCUCGCCCAGCAGGCCUUGGGCGGGAUGCUCCUCUUUUGGAAUCCACACCACGUGUUCCUCAUCAGCCUCGUGUCAAUGGCAAUGUGUCUCAGAAUCAGUCUCAGCAAGCGGAGGACCCGACCACUGCAGAGACCGAUGAGCAUGAUGAGACCCGUGAGAAGCUCCAGUUGAUCAGGGUGAAGUUUUUGAGGCUUUCACAUAGAUUAGGGCAGACUCCACAUAAUGUUGUUGUUGCUCAGGUUUUGUAUAGGCUUGGAUUGGCUGAGCAGUUGAGGGGGAGAAACGGGAGCCGUGUCGGUGCUUUUAGUUUUGAUCGUGCCAGUUCCAUGGCAGAACAACUUGAGGCAAAUGGACAGGAUCCACUUGAUUUUUCGUGUACUAUUAUGGUGCUCGGUAAAAGUGGGGUUGGUAAGAGUGCAACAAUUAAUUCUAUUUUUGAUGAAGCGAAAAUCUGUACGGAUGCAUUCCAGAUGGGAACAAAGCGGGUUCAAGAUGUUGAGGGUUUUGUUCAGGGAAUUAAAGUCCGGGUGAUUGACACUCCAGGUCUCUUACCAUCUUGGUCUGAUCAACACAAGAAUGAGAAAAUCUUGAAGUCUGUUAAGGCUUUCAUCAAAAAAAAUCCACCGGAUAUCGUAUUAUAUCUUGAUAGGCUGGAUGUGCAAAGCAGAGAUUCUGGUGACAUGCUUCUUUUGCGCACCAUCACCGAUGUCUUUGGACCAUCAAUAUGGUUUAAUGCCAUUGUGGGUUUGACUCAUGCCGCCUCUGCUCCACCAGAUGGCCCAAAUGGCACUGCCUCUAGCUAUGACAUGUUUGUAACACAACGUUCCCAUGUCAUUCAGCAGGCCAUUCGCCAAGCAGCUGGAGAUAUGAGGCUGAUGAACCCUGUGUCUUUAGUUGAGAACCACUCUGCUUGCAGGACAAAUCGGGCAGGUCAGAGAGUAUUACCGAAUGGCCAAGUGUGGAAGCCUCAUUUGCUGUUACUCUCAUUUGCAUCCAAGAUUCUAGCAGAAGCAAAUGCUCUUCUGAAAUUACAAGAUAAUAACACUCCAGGGAAACCAUUUGUAGCUCGAUCCAAGGCUCCACCACUGCCACUUCUUCUCUCAUCGUUUCUGCAAUCAAGACCGCAAGCUAAACUUCCUGAAGAGCAGUAUGGUGAUGAAGAAGACGAAGAUGAUUUGGACGAAUCAUCAGAUUCUGACGAGGAAUCAGAGUAUGAUCAGCUUCCUCCUUUUAAGCGACUGACUAAAGCUGAGAUGACUAUGCUUAGUAAAUCUCAGAAGAAGCAAUAUCUUGAUGAGAUGGAGUACCGGGAGAAACUAUUUAUGAAGAGGCAGAUAAAAGAGGAAAGAAAGAGACGGAAGAUGUUGAAAAAAUUUGCUGCGGAGAUUAAAGAAUUUGCUAACGAGCCUAGAGAAAAUGUGGAAGAGGAGAGAAGUGAACCUGCUUCUGUUCCAGUUCCCAUGCCAGAUUUGUCACUACCUGCAUCGUUUGACUCUGACAAUCCAACUCACAGGUACCGGUCCCUAGAUUCCUCCAAUCAAUGGCUUGUUAGGCCAGUCCUGGAAACUCAGGGGUGGGAUCAUGAUGUUGGCUAUGAAGGUGUAAAUGCAGAACGUCUUUUUGUUGUUAAAGAAAAGAUACCGAUAUCUUUCUCGGGCCAAGUUACAAAGGACAAGAAGGAUGCAAAUGUGCAGCUAGAAAUGGCCAGCUCGGUUAAACAUGGAGAAGGUAGAUCAACCUCCCUAGGUUUCGAAAUGCAAAAUGCUGGGAAGGAAUUGGCUUACACUCUUCGAAGUGACAUGAGAUUUAACAAUUUUAGGAAACACAAAGCUGCAGCUGGUCUCUCUGUAACACUCUUGGGUGAUUCGGUGUCUGCGGGGCUGAAAGUAGAAGAUAAGUUGAUUGCUAGUAAAAGGUUCAGAAUGGUUAUGUGUGGUGGGGCAAUGACUAGUCGAGGAGAUGUUGCUUAUGGCGGUAGUUUAGAAGCUCAGUUGAGAGAUAAAGACUAUCCGCUUGGUAGGUUUUUAUCUACUCUGGGACUUUCUGUGAUGGAUUGGCAUGGUGAUCUUGCCAUCGGAGGGAAUAUACAGUCCCAAGUGCCCAUAGGACGUUCAUCUAAUCUAAUUGCUCGGGCUAAUCUGAACAACAGAGGGGCAGGGCAAGUAAGCAUCCGGGUAAACAGCUCUGAGCAGCUCCAACUUGCUAUUGUCGCACUUGUUCCCCUGUUCAAGAAGCUACUUAGUUAUUAUUCCCCUCAGCAAAUGGAGUAUUGACAAUAAGAAUAACACUUCGGGUUUCAAUUCACUUCCUACAAGAACAUCCUAGAGUGUGAGUUGAAUAGGAACCUUGGUGUGCCCUUUGGGUUGAAAACUUUAAGAACAAAUUGCUGGAGGAGGCAUCUGUUUUCUUUAAAUAGCCAGAACACUUGCUCGUUCCCUGUCUAAUUUAAGCUUAGUUGUGGUUUUAUUCUCUUUCCAGAACAUUUGUAUGGCCUUCUGUUCAUGUCUACUCUUGAUUUUUCAUAAAGCCUUGUUUAAAAGUAA